AUGUCAGACGAGUUUUUUGCUAAAGGUGAUGAGAGUAGAAAGCUCAAACGUAAGAUCGAGGAAGCAUCUUCAACUGAUGUUGUGGAUUCAGAGCUGUUACUAUCUAUGAGUCUUGGCCAAAACAAAAUGGUUGGAGAAUCCUCAUCCAUGUCCCUCUGCAGAACUUUGAAAAACCACAUGGAUUCACUUUCUUCUCCAAAACCUAUGGAGAACACAAACCAUCAACUGGUCAUACCUAAGCAACAGCGUCAAUUCCCAUGCAAGUUCUGUGACAAGAAGUUUCCAAGCUCUCAAGCUUUAGGGGGCCAUCAAAAUGCUCACAGACGUGAAAGAGUGCUCUCAAGAAUGGACAGAGAAUUUGACAUGGGAACUUUUGGACUUGGUGUUCAUAUGUAUCCAUACUCAGCAACCAUGACUCAUCAUCAACAUCCUUUUUGUGGUUCUAUACCUCUUUACUAUGAGGCUAACAUGCACCCCACCAUGGCUCAGAUGUCAACCGUGCCAUGGCCACAUUUUGCACCAGGUUAUGGCAACCAAGGGUUGCACAACGCCUCCAUUUCUGGGCAAAGAUUUGGGGUGACCAACCCUGGGGGCAUAGCCCUUGAAACCCCUCAAAAUGUAUAUCGUAGAGGUUUAGGGUUUAGUUUUGAACAUAACCAGGUUCAUCCCUUUGAUGCCACCAAUGCAGCUUCUGUGGCUCGCCCUAGUUUUAGUGGCCUUAUGAGAAACCAAUAUGCUGCAAAUCAACCAUUUUGA